AUGGGUACCUACGAGCCCUUGGAGGUCUCCAAUAAGCGCCAUGCCGACCUUACCGUUUGUGCCCCAGGCACUGGCUACUUCCAGUCCUGCUCCAACGGUUUCCGCGGCUGCUGCAAGGCCGAUGCCUGCUCUGGCUCGGGCCAGUGUGCGGAUAGUACGAGGACCGGCACUUCCAAGUCUACCUCUACCCGGCUUUCCGGCCCCGAUUAA